AUGAAUGGCGGCAAGGUAACGUUGAGGAGGACGGCUGGCUUAUACGCCGGUGCUGCCGUCCUGCGACUUGCCCUCUUUACUCUGUUCCCCGGUCUUCCAGACCUCCUGACUGGCCGUGUCGAGAUCUCAACGCCAGUCACAAGCUUCAAGCGCCUUCAAGAAGGCCUCUUCCUGUAUAACCAUAACGUCUCUCCUUACGAUGGCGGCGUCUACCACCAGGCGCCCCUCUUGCUGCCCAUCUUCAACUUGCUCCCGAGCUUCUCGGCGUUUCCCAUCUUCACGUACCUUCUCUACAUCGCUAUCGAUAUUCUGAGCGCCCAUGCUCUUUUAAGGAUCGCAGAGUCUGGUGAGGCCGGCUCGUCUGCGCGCUUCACCUCCCCGCGCCGUGACAAGCGCUGGAGUGGUGCCAUCGUUGCCGCGCUCUUCCUGUUCAACCCCUUCACCAUCGCGACAUGCAUUGGGCGUUCGACCACCGUCUUCACGACCUGUGCUAUUCUCCACGCCAUCGCCAAUGCCAUUUCCGGCAGACCCUUUCACGCCAUGGUCGCACUGGCCUUCGCAUCAUACCUCUCCAUGUAUCCGCUACUCCUCCUCCCGCCUCUCAUUCUUCUUUGCUAUGACAGGCAGAAGCUGCCCGCUACCGGAGCGCCCAAUGCGUGGAUCAAGUUUACCGCGACCAUGGUUAUGGAUGUAUUCGGUGCUCUGGCAGUGCUUUUCCAAAUGUCGUUCUUCCUGACCGGCUCAUGGGAGUUCCUUAGUUCCACCUAUGGUGUGCAACUUACCCUGUCUGACCUGGCUCCCAAUAUCGGCCUGUGGUGGUACUUCUUUGUCGAGAUGUUCGACUCGUUCCGUUCAUUCUUCUUGGCCGUCUUUUGGCUGCAUUUGUCGUCAUAUGUUGGCGGGUUGAGCGUGCGCCUUCGCCAGCAGCCGCUUGUGGUGAUCACUCUGCUGCUGGGUAUCUUCAGCAUCUUCAAGCCAUACCCUAGCAUCGCGGAUGCGUCGUUGUUCUUGGGUAUGGUGCCGCUGUAUAGACAUGUCUUCCCGUUGCUGCGGUAUUCGUUUGUCAUUGCCGCCAUUAUUAUUUACACGACCUUUCUCGGUCCUGCGUUCUACCAUCUGUGGAUCUAUGCUGGUAGCGGAAACGCAAACUUCUUCUAUGCUAUCACGCUUGUUUGGGGCCUUGGACUGAGCUUGUUGGUCUGCGAUCUCGCCUUUGCUGUCCUGAGGGAUGAGUGGGAGGUUGAGCGACCCGAAAUGGCCGGCAAGGAGAUUCGGCAGAUUUGAGAGGGCUGCAACAAACACAAGGGCAAAUGUAUCAUAACAUUU